AUGAAGCUUCACACGUUUGCCCGCCGUUUCCAUAGCCCAUUUGUCCCAAUUGUUCAAGCUGAAAAGGAAGAAAGGGCAGCAAUCAAUGGAAGUUACUUAGCCAAGAUCAACCCUGAGGAUGGCAGCUGUCUGCUCCAAAAAUACAGCUCCCUAUAUAAUGAUUGUGAAUUUGGGCUGCUGGCUAACCUAUAUGCAAGUGAAGGCCUUCCUGGAAAGGUCAUUGAAGUCCGAGCAAAGAGGAGAAUUGGUGAGCAGAAUUUCAUAUCCUGCAUAAGGAAAGCCUUGGAUAAGCAUUAUGGUGACAAAACAGUUGGGAUGGGAGGUACUUUCAUUAUCCAGAAAGGAAACGCAAAACUUCAUAUUAUGCCCUCUGAAUUUUCUGCCUGCCCUCUGGAAACGGACGAGAAAGUGAACAAUUGGCUGAAGUUUUUUGAAAUGAAAGCUCCACUCAUUUGCCAGCCUGUAAUCGUUUCCCAAGAUCCAGGUUUUGACCUGCGUGUGGAGCACACCCACUGUUUCAGCCACCACGGCGAAGGAGGCCACUACCAUAUGGACACAACGCCAGAGACUGUAGAAUAUCUGGGGUAUUUUGUGCUUGCUGAGUUCCUCUUUCGGAUCGACAGACCAAAGGAGACUCAUAUGGUGGGCCGGGAUUAAAGUCUAACCCGCCCAAGAAGCUGGAAUUAAUUAAGGAGCAGAAAAUCAAGAGAUGACUAAAUCUGCUUUUCAGUGAGGUCAACUAAUGUCGAAUCACAACCUGAAUUAUUUGUUUGGCACUUAAAAAUAAAA